GACGUCGUACGGUUAUUCUAACCAUGUGAAUUCAUCUUCUUCUUCCUUUCCCGGAAGGUUUUGGGGUUCUUCCUUCUUCUCCCUCCGACUCCAACCCCAAACCCAAACGACUGAUUUUGCAGUUUCAGUUCUCUCUCUCUCUCUCUCUCUCUCUCUCCGGCGGCGCCAUUACACAGGCCCAGUCAGAGAUGGUCUUAUCGAACAAGAAGCUGAAGCAGAAGCUGAGAGCAGCUUUGGCGGGGUCAUUGGCAGCAUCAGAAGAGGCCCACGCCGAGCCGCCAAACACCACCCACAACCCAGAAUGCAGCACCUUUAAGUCCCUCCUCACUUCUGCCACUCAGAAACCCAGGCUUUCCAAGAGAGAGAAACGCAGGAAAACCCUAUCCUUGCAACCUCCUGAUGAUUCGAACCGAGUUUCAGAGAAAGAUAGCCAGGAAGGUGGUUCAGGGGUUACAACGGAUGAGAAGAAGAGGAAGCGGAAGAGCAAAGCCGGUGAGGGGCUGGAGAGCGGCGGUUCAGAGAUGGAGGCGGCGAAGAAGUUGAAGAAGAAUAAGAAGAAGCAGAAGAAUAAGAAUAAGAAGGGGAAGAAGGUGGAGAAGAGUGCAAAUGAAAGGAGUGAACAAGGUCUUGUAGAGACAAUUAAAGCCAGUGAUGGUCAAGAAACUGGGGAGGUCACUAGAAAAGUCUACGUGGGAGGCAUCCCAUAUUACUCAACUGAGGAUGAUAUUCGGAGUUAUUUUGAAAGUUGUGGUACAAUAAUUGAUGUUGAUUGUAUGAAGUUUCCUGAAAGUGGAAAGUUCAGAGGAAUUGCCAUCAUCAGUUUCAAGACUGAAGCCGCUGCUAAAAGAGCGCUGGCCUUUGAUGGAUCCGACAUGGGUGGACUCUUCCUGAAAAUCCUGCCUUACAAGUCAACUAGAACAAAGAAUGUAUCUGACUUUGCCCCUGCAUAUGUAGAAGGUUUCAAUAGGGUCUAUGUGGGAAAUCUGUCAUGGGAUAUAACAGAAGAUGAACUGAGGAAACUUUUCUCGGGUUGCAGUAUCUCUUCUCUUCGAUUUGGUGAAGACAAGGAAACGCAGGAGUUUCGAGGUUAUGCCCACGUGGAUUUCACUGAUAGUCUCUCUCUGCAUGAGGCACUGAAACUUGAUCAAUCUAUCGUUUAUGGGAGACCUGUGAGAAUAAGAUGUGCUGUUUCAAGAAAAGCAACAGAAAGCAAUUCAAAAUCAGUGCCCUCAAACCAGCAAGCUGAUAGUGGCGGCACAAGCUCUUCCAUCCCCGGCAAGAUAAGGCGAAGAACUUGCUACGAGUGCGGCGAGAAGGGCCAUCUUUCGUCGUCUUGUCCCAAGAAACAAGCUGCUGAUGCCACGAACAGUGGUGCAACUUAAUGACAUUGACGAUCACGCAUUAAUCUUUUUGUUUCUUCUUCUAUUAAGUACAGCCACUUAUUAUGUUAUUCAGUUCAUUACUGCAGAUUUUGAUCCUUCUGCCUAAGUUUAUUGAGAAUGAACCGUGGAGCUGAGCUUAAUUUGCAUCA